AUGAUAUUUUUACCAGUUACGUCGGUGGUGUUUGCUAUCUCAUGGAUUUAUUCAGGUGUCUCAGCAUUCAAUCCAUAUAGCUCUACGCCUUAUUCGCUAAAAUACGUUGAUGAGCAAGAGUUCCUAAGUGUAAUAGAUAAUGAGACAUUGCUCCAAGAAGGACGGCUUUUCCGCCCCUACGAAGGGUCCGAUGUUUUGUGUUACCAAAGGAACACUUCGUCGUUGAUUCAACAUCAUGAAGAAGAUACUUUUAAUUCUGAAGGAGCUCUCAUUGAAGCAGUUAACAUGGUUAAUGCGAUCUUGGCUCCAAACCCUAUUGAAAUGAAUACAGUGCCUAUUUCUUACUGGACUUAUAUUAUAUCCUCUGGUGAGACGAGGACUGUUGUGCAAAAAGGUUAUUUUGGCGAAACGUACCUUUUAGGGAACUCAUCUAACUACAACUCAACUAUUGAUUAUCACUUUGCUAAGAGUAAAACUGGUAGAGUGUAUCUUAGCGAAACUUUGGUAGAUGGUUGCACUUGUGAUCUUACACAUAAACCAAGAGAGGUAGAAAUACAAUACAUCUGCCCUAAACGUCCACUAUCGAGGCCUUUCCAUCUUGAAGUUAGAGAAAUACAAUCCUGCAAGUACCAAUUGAGACUGUUUCUACCACAGUUAUGUGAACUUAGCUCAUUCAAUCCGUUGCUUGGUCAAUUAUCUGAACACAACAUAAUAUGCCAUAGAAGCGGCAGCAAAUUGAGUCCUGCCCUUGAUAUAUUCAACAGGUAUUCGGCUACUGUACUUGAUCAUGGCAUAUACCUAUUAAAACCUAAAAAUAGUGCGAAGGAUAGGCGUCAAUUGAUGUAUCACGCUGCUGAACCACUGGAUUCUCAAACUACCCUCUUUGAGCUCACAGUAGAAGAAAGGUUUAUUGGAGACUUCAUAUCUAGUCUUAAGAAAUUGAUUGGUUCGGACUUUAUACAAUCACCCACCGGGAAAUCGAUCAAACCUGGUGAUCUAUUUCUAUGGAGAGCGCCUGUAGUAGAUGAAACGGGAAAUCUGCUAUUUUUAAUUGACUUGGAAUUGAAUUCAGCCUCGGAAGCGAUUGGGAAGGUGAAUAAUGAUGCCUCCCUUUUAAAUGAAUUGCCGAUUCAUAACAUGGUAUAUUUUGACUCAAUGACAGUUAAUCAAACGGAUGAGACAUCAAGCAACUCUUUACCCGAGAAAAGCACUGGUCUAGUUCCGGAUAUAUUUGCUACUGAUGAGAUAGAAUCUCCUUAUAAAGGCGGGACAGCGCAAGAGCUCAAAGAUAAGUUGAUGGAAGCUUUCCGUGAUAUUGGAUACCCAGACAUAGAGGUGGAAAUUCUAGAAGAGGUUGUAGAGGAGCAAAACUGA